GAAGUGUUUAGACAGUCGAAAAAUAUCUCACCUGACAGGUGCACAGUGUAGUCACAGUUUCCUCAUCUACAUAUUAACCUUGCUCGUGGCUUAUGAGGAAAUCAAAGAGUCACACUAUGAAGUUCGAACAGCAGGUUUUUGUUGUUUUCCUUCUGGAGCUUUUAUUUACAGGAAUCGAUGCACAGUUGGAUGUGUGCGGCAAAGCGCCGUUCAACACCAAGAUCGUGGGAGGCCAGGAUGCCACUCUUGGCAGUUGGCCCUGGCAGGCUGUUGUGCGGCGACAAAACGCUUUAUGUGGAGGGUCCCUGAUAUCCAGUCUGUGGGUCCUAACAGCUGCUCACUGUUUUGAAAGUAACAGCACGAGUGGCGUAAGAGUUUUAUUUGGAACACUGACCAUUUCUGGGGGUAAUCAAAAUUCAGUGGAACGGACCGUCUCACAGGUCAUCGUCCACCCUGACUAUAAUCAAAGACCUAACGACAACGACGUGGCCUUAUUGAAGCUGGCCUCCUCUGUUGACUUCAAUGAUUUUGUCACUCCGGUGUGUCUGGCAGCUGAUGGCAGCAUCAUCAAUAAUGGAAUUCAAACCUGGGUCACCGGUUAUGGGACCACCAGCAGUGGGGGAUCUAUCGCACAAUUGCUGCAGGAAGUAAAAGUUCCCGUUGUGUCCAACUCCCAAUGUAACCAAGCAUACGGUGGCGGAAUCACAGACAACAUGCUCUGUGCCGGGCAAGCAGGAAAGGACUCCUGCCAGGGAGAUUCCGGUGGCCCACUGGUGUAUAAACAAGAUUCUCAGUGGACCCAGGCUGGAGUUGUGAGUUUUGGAAGUGGUUGUGGUGAUGCAAAUUUUCCAGGAGUCUACGCUCGAGUGUCCAAGUAUCAAAGCUGGAUCAACCAACAAAUCCCUACUGCAGAGCAGCCGGGAUACAUUACCUUAGCUAAUAUUUCUGCAACUGCUCCUCCAACUACUACUAAUACUACUAAUACUACUACUACUAAUACUACUAACACUACUACUACUAAUGCGGGUUCGAGCCCUGUGAUACCUGUCUUCCUGUCUCUUGCAGCUCCUCUGCUGAUAUCCAUUUUACCCAUCAUCUUCUCUGUCUUUAUCUUCUCUUAAGAUUAUGUUGGCAUUGAAAGUCAGGUGGGAAAAGAUCAGCUGUUCAGAAACCUCAUCAACCUUUAUUAUGUUCUUUAUGCACUUUGGUUGGUUUGUUGAAGAAAAAAAAAAUACUUUACUGCAUCAUUGCAUUGCUUUUUCUCAAGAAUCAUACAGCUGGAAUACCCCUGUCCAAACAUAAUCAUCAUCAGAAAUAAAAAAAAAAUGAAAGGGAAAAACUCAAGUUAUGUGAUGAGUUUUUUAGUCACCAACUAAAAUGACCAAAAUAACAAAUUCUGCAAUAUUCAAUAUACUGAUACCAAAACAUCCAAUCACUCGUACAGAGUCCCACCUCUGCUGACCAGUUUUCCAGUAUGUCUAAUGGAAGAAUAUGACACAGUUUCUCUCUCUCUCUCACACACACACACACACACACACACACACACACACACACACACACACACACACACACACACACACACACACACACACACACACACACACACACACACACACACACACACACAAAACAUAAUUAACUUAUUAAUUCAAUUUAUUUUAUCCAAAGGUUGAAAAAAAAAUUGAAAAAAUUGUAUUAGGCUUGUAAAAAGCAAAAAUAUAAAGUAAAUUUUUCUAAAUAAAUUUGUAUCAUUAGAGUUCUUUGACGUUAACAGAGGUGUACUGUACUCAAUUCAACUGAACAGAAAAGACAAAGUGCAUAACGUACCUCAUUCACCUUAUGUUUAAUAUGCAAC